UAUCUGUUCUACUAGUUACUAUACUCUACUCUUAUAUAUUAAUAUAUAUAUGCCACUAUAACUAAUCAAUAAAUCGAUUGAGUUCUCAGUCAUGGCUUCCAUAAUCGAAUCUGCUUGGACGUAUCUUAUUACAAAUUUCAGCGAUUUCCAAUUGACUUGUUUUGGAGGUUUCUUUCUUCAUGAGAGUGUCUUCUUCUUGUCUGGACUCCCCUUCAUUCUUUUUGAAAGGGCAGGAUGGUUUGGCAAGUACAAAAUUCAGAAGAAGAAUAACACCCGGGAAGCUCAGGAGAAAUGUAUUACUCGUCUACUGAUGUAUCAUUUGUGUGUUAAUCUUCCACUCCUAAUUGCAUCGUAUCCUGUCUUUAAAUACAUGGGCAUGCGAGCUAGUCUUCCAUUGCCGUCCUGGAAAGUGGUUUCAACGCAAAUAUUAUUCUAUUUCAUCGUGGAGGAUUUUGUAUUUUACUGGGGACACAGGAUUUUACAUACGAAAUGGCUCUAUAAGCAUGUCCACAGCGUCCAUCAUGAGUAUGCAACACCGUUUGGGUUGACGUCUGAGUAUGCUCACCCUGCUGAAAUUCUAUUCCUUGGAUUUGCUACGAUAGUUGGUCCUGCAAUCACGGGGCCCCAUUUAAUAACACUAUAUCUAUGGGUUUCGCUUAGAGUCCUCGAGACAGUUGAGGCACAUUCCGGAUACCAUUUCCCUUGGAGCCCCUCGAACUUCUUGCCGUUAUAUGGGGGGUCUGAUUUUCAUGAUUAUCAUCAUCGACUGCUCUACACGAAGUCCGGCAACUACUCAUCGACAUUUGUUUACAUGGACUGGAUAUUUGGUACUGACAAGGGAUAUCGAAAGUUGAAGUCGCUAAAGGAGGAGGAACGCGCUGAGGUCAAAGUAAUGCAAAGAAGAUGGGAAAGGGGAAUAAAACUAUGCCUGCUUGGGCAUCACACGAUGGAGUUUCUGGUUGAAUAGAUGUAGGUGAAUGUUCAAAUUGUUGUACCUAGUCAUCUUGUCUGUUUGUGUUCAUCAUUGGUCUCAAAAGAACAUUCUUGUAUUUAGGUGGAUCAAUUGUAAGCUCGUGCUGAAUGAAGUUUUUUCUCUGCCUCCCCUCUUGCGUUUAUGUGAUUGUAAAUUACAUUUUCUUUGAAUAAUAGUGGUGUAUGAAGCAGUUCGCACGCACCUGAUUAUUCUA